UGGCCUUGUCGUCCAGUGUUGACAAUUCCAAUCCGUUCAGAAGAUACAGGCGUUCCACCAACUGUGACGCCAAGUUUAACCACAUCAGCGAUCACACUGCCUGUAUAAGCGCGUCUUCCUCGGCGACAUCUGCUGGUAUCUCUGCAAACGACAAAACCUUUAUAGUAGAUCAUCACAAUGGUUACCGCCGUGACGUGUCACCGACUGCCACCAACAUGAGGACAAUGUCUUGGGAUGAUGAAGUGGCGAUGAUUGCACAGAAGUGGGCAGAGAACUGUCAGUUUGGACACGACGAUAGCUACAGUCGGUAUAUCCCAGGACGCUUUACUGUGGGGCAGAACAUAGCGAUUGGUCAGACGUCAUGGACAAAUGCGAUGGAUGCCUGGCAAAGCGAGGUGUCAGCCUUCACCUUGGGCGGGAGUAAUGUCUUUUCUAAUGUCGGACACUAUACACAGGUAGGGUCGAUUUAACAUUCAAUUCCUUCAAUUAUGCCU